AUGCCCAUCAAUAUACAGACGUAAGCGACAUUUACAAGGGGCAAAGAAAACAAUCGCCAACAAUCAGACGGCUCUCUCGUUUCGACUCGUAGAGUUUUCAGUUAAACUGAAGGGCUUUUUCUGUACAACUGCUGCAUGAAACAAGGUAAGUAAAAUAUUAUCAUUAUCAUUUUUAUUUUUUUUCUGUUCAACGACAAUUCGAGUCCUAGUAAAGCUAUUAAAAGAUGGACUCGAGAGUUUUUCCUGUCAUCAAAGCCUUUCAAAAUGUUUUUUGAGUUCCGGAGAGAAAGGCGACUAUUAUCAAACGCCCUUAUUAUUUUAUUGGAUGGAUGUUUUAUAUUCAAUAAAUUUGUUAUCAUAUCUUUGAGCCUGUAUUUACUUGUUCUCUAACAGCUCUCGGUGUAAAACAGACCAAAAGUAUAAGUUAUUGUCUCAGAAGUAAAUGUAUAGUAACUGCAUUUUUGCGUCACACGAUCCCGUUCUGUUGUCGUGUUUCACCAGCCCAUACAGCCGUACUCGUUUCGAGAUACAUAGGUGCUGUUUUGAAAUUAAAAUGAUUUCUUUUGUAAACUCCUUUCGGGGCUAGAUUAGAUUUUAGAGUACGUUUCGUUUAACAGAAAAACAGUUUCUGUACUGGGCCACAUCGGAAGGAAGCCAAAGGUUAAAUAGUUCUCUUUAUCUUAAAUUAUUUUAUUUUUCAAUUACAUACCAUGCAUCCGUAGGUCGGGGCUUCAUUUCCCUUGGGUUUGUUGUUGUUGUUCCAUUAAAAUUGCUAUUAAGACAGCAACUUGUAGAUCGUUGUAAAGGAUACGAUGAGAUAUAAUAAUUUAAAGAUUCUGAAAUGUGGCUUACCCUAAAAGAGCGCCGGAAAUUCCUUUCGGAACAAUCAAUGGUAUCACAAUCUCGCCUUGUAUACAUUAGUCUUACAUCAGUUACAUAGCUGCAAUUUUGACAGCCCACAGAGAAUAAUGAUCAUUUCUGUCUAACUGCUCACCAAUAAUGAUUGCGCUCGUUUGUUCUUUGCUGUCGCUAUUAGUCGUAUGAACUUCUUGAGUAUUGUACUUUUCAGUUAAAAGCAUUCGACAUUCGUACGAACUGUAAACACCCAGUUACAUUACGUUAUGGACUCGUUAUGCAAUACGAGCGGGGAAGACAAAAGACCUCUUCCAAAACAGUGGGAAGUCUGAAAAAAAAAUUACAUUGUCGCUUUAAGUAGUUUGUUGUGCAAAAUCGCGGCAGGAAUGUUCCGUCCCAAUGCCGAACACUGUUAUAGAACGACAUACACCUUCCAAACCUUGGUGCCAGAGUUUUUUUUGUUGUUUCUUUGUUUGUUUGCUUGCUUGUGUUUUUUAUUGCUGAUGGUUGGGCAACAUGAAGGUUUUUUUUGUUGUUGUUUUUUGUUUUUUUGUUUUUUUUUUACCAAACCGAUAUUUUUGAGAAUAUACACACAGUAGCACAAUAGGACCGCGGUAACUCGAACUCCCCGCUAACUCGAACUAAGUCCCAUUUUCCUUGCAUUUCACUCCACUUUUCACUGUUUUCAGUCACUUUUACUCGGAUAACUCGAAUUCCUCGCUAAUUCGAACUAAAUUUCGUUUCCCUUUAUCACAGUUUCACUGAAAUUUACCCCGAUAACCCGAAUUCUGGUUCUUGAAACUCACCACGACGGCCAUCCCUAUAGCGUCUCUUUUCGUGCAAUCGGUAAAACAUGCUAAAACUAACACAACACACUGAGUUUGUUUUAAAUACGUGCAACGAACAGAUCACGUAUUUGACAAUAUUUUCCCUGUACACGUAUAAUCGCGGAAAAUGCCUAAACGUGUUUUAAUUUCUCAUGACAUAAAUUUGAUUUGCACUCUGCUACCCGCUAACUCGAACUCUUUUUCGUGUCCCUUCGGACUGCUAGUUACCUGGGUCCCACCAGCUGUAUACCUGGAUUUUUGAAAACAGGGUGAGCAAAAAAAUCAACUCAUUCUACUAUUUGGCAUUUAAAACAACAACAACAAUAACAACAACAACAAAUCAUUCAACGGCCGAUUAAAAGCCUUUAUCUGACGCCGGACGGUAAGUUACAGCACCUGCAGAUGGAAAAACACCCUUUGGGGAGGGAGGGAGGGGGGGAGCCAAAAAUUCCCCUUACAGCCUUUUCUACACAAAUCCCUGAUCACGAAGCAACCAAAGAAAAAAAAUCGACACAAGAAAACAACACAGUAAAAAAGAUAAGACAGGAAAAGUUAAGAGAAAUUACAAACCGUUUUCCCAACCCGGUUUUCACAAACCCAGGUAGACAUGUAUGUAAAAAACUGUAUCCUUUUCAUAUACUCUUGUAAAGACUUAGUCAUAUGUAUCCUUAUGGCCCAUCAGUAUAGAAAGAACUUCACCGACGCUAUUUCUUCUUCACGAGAAAGAGAUUUAUCUCAGUUUACGAACGUUUUGAAUACUUGUAACCAUCCUCUGUUUACUUCUUUUUAAAGACCGAAAAUUAUGUCCAGUGUUUUGCUCCUUUACACGCAAGCCGAUCAACAUCGCAGCCAAGAACUGAAAGAUUUUCUGAAAAUAAAGCUGGGAUCCUUAGCGAGUGUCAUUACCGCACGUGACGUUUUGGGAAACGAUUCCACGGUUGAGGAUGAGUUGUUCCAAAGCACGUGUAUCCUGAUCGUGUACACUCAAGACAGCGAAAAGCAUCUGCAAGAAGGGGCCUUCGAUUUCGAUGCUGAAUACGUAGUGUUCGAUGGCAGUAUAAUCAAAGCUUUUCUCGAAGAAGAGGAAGUUGUUCACCGAGUUGUCGCUGUUCACUAUGGAUGGAGGCCAGAAAAGUGGCUCUAUGAUCGAUUGCCAAAACGAAUUUUUCAUGUAAGUGAGACGCUGGAGUUGAAAAGUAAUCCAAAGGUUUCUCAAAUUGUGGAUACCAUCAAAGGGAUUGUUAAGAAAAAGAAAUAA